AUGCCAUAUGGCUUUCCAGAAGAGCAUCGUGUCGGCACAAAACAGCUAGCUCCAAAACUGCCGGGGUUUGCGACCGCUUCCGUGCUGGUGGCGGAGAUUGGGAGUUUACCCACGGUGCUGCUGAUCUCCAAGGUGGUGGCCGACUUUGGCCGGGGCGAACUGGCGCAGUCGGCGGUGCGCUUUGAGGCGGUGGACUAUUCCUUGGAGGACUACUUGGCCAAGUCCUUCUACAAGACCGCCUCGCUACUGGCGGCCGCCUGCCACGCAGCGGCGCUGCUGAGCCGGCCGCAGAGCUCGCCGGACGCGGAGGAAUGUCAGAAUUGUUACCGUUUUGGUGCCUACAUUGGCCUGGCUUUUCAGGUAGUGGAUGAUAUCCUAGACUUCAUCGCCACCGAAGAGGAGUUGGGCAAGCCAGCCUUAGCCGACCUGAAGGAGGGCAACCUGGGCGCCCCAGUGCUCUUUGCGGCGCAAGAUGGGGCGCUGCCCGAGAAGCAUCGCCAGGAGCUGCUGCAGGCGAUCGAUCGACGCCUCUCCCGCGACGGGGAUUUGGAGUUGGUGAAACGCCUGGUGGACGAGGGAAAAGGAGUGGAGAAAUCCAAGGCCCUCGCUCGACGAUUUGUAGAUUUGGCAUCCUUGGAAUUGGAUAAGUUAGACCCCGGAGAAGCCCGCGCCGGCAUGCGGCUCUUCGCGGAGUAUGCAAAAGCGAAGCCUGCAGUGCUGUCCAACGAGAGGAAUGGGGAGAUUUACAUGGCUCGCUCCGAGCCCGGUAGCCGCGAUGGCUGGAUGAGGCAUCCCAUCACGGGCCGCGUGGAGUUGUGGGAGGAUCAUGGGCAGACGCCCAAAUGCAUCGCACAGUUCUAUCAGCCGGGCACGAUUGCCUUGCGAUGUCCCGGGGAACCGCCGAAAUGGAUGUAUGGCGAAGAGGAGGAUACCUGA